AUGGAGCCCACCUCCAAACCCUCCAAGCGCACGAACGGGGCUAAGGACCUCCAUGAGUUUACCAAAACAAAGACCCAGUCUCUCUCACAACUACUACCUCAGCCUUCAAUAGAGGAAUCUCCGACGACCCCCAAUCCCAUGAUGAGCUCAUCCAGAGACCUGGUCCCGCCAUCUGGGCUAAAUCGCCUACCACCUCCACUGACAAUGUCGACUCCCCUACCCCCACUACCUGCUGGAUGGAAAGGCACAGAGGACAUGAAGCUGUGGCUGCACGCCAAAAUUGAAGAAGACCGGCACAAGCAGCAAGAAGAAAAAACAUACCAGGCUAACUUGGUACUGGAACGGCGGCGCAUCGAGCAGUCAAUGCUGUCGGAUUCCCUACGCGCUGGUGUCCCACCAAACCUGGUCCCAAUAAUUUUUAACGGCAUCUAUACUACCGGUGCGGAUCUUCCAUUGGCGGCUGAACUGCAGAGUCAGUGGUCUGCACCGGCUUCCAGAUCUGCUGCACCUCCAAUGAUGCCCCAACAGAAAAAUUAUCCGGGCCCUGCACCGCCUGCAAACCUCCCAGUUGCACCCCAGCCACCUCAACACGAUCACAAACAGCCUCCUCGAGUACAAGCUAGUGAGUUGCCACUGCCGGCCAAAAAAUAUCUACCGGGAGUGCGCCACUCUCACUCUGACUCUCAGUGGCCGGAAGCGACAUCCAGUUUACAUCGAGACCGAGUGAUACGCUCUGAGCGAGAGCAGCUGAGGCGCAAGCUGAAAUCCCAGAAUGUAGAGUUCACUGACAUGGACCUGUUGGAUACAGCCUUUGAACACACCUUCCCUGUUACGAGCUCUAUGAUCCAGGCCCAACCCCCUCGACAUUUGGCUGGUCCUACUGAUAAGGCUUCUGGGUCGCGGGAGAAACGACAGCAAGCCCCUCAGAAAGCUCACCCUAGGUCUUCGCAAGAAUCGAGGCCGCCACAACCCCGAUCAAAACACCAACAGCAAGUGCAAGUUCCGCCGAGAAAUCCUCCCAGUGUCUCAAAUGCCCCGUCUCACGUUCACCCGGAGCAAACGAACUCCCCUAGCCCGAAGCGAAAGGACCAGAGGUCGCACGAGAAAGUUCCUCCACCUCAAUAUCGUCGAAAUGAGACAGUAUGCGGCCAACAAGACCCAUUCGAUGAAUCAAAGCCUGAUCAGAAGCAACAGAAGCGCGGUUUAUCCAGCUCCCACGAGUCCCGUACUUGUGAGGGUGGUUCUUCUGAGCAACCAUCGGAGUCAACUCUGGCUUCGGGAGGAAUAUCCAGUGAAACUCCAGCUGAAGAGCGUCAAAAACAAUCGUCUCACUCCCAGAGCUCAUCUGAUGGUGUCGAUUCAGCAAACCCCGUGCAAGACACGGUUGCAGGCAUCAGGAAUGAGUGA